AACAAUUCAAUUAGAAAAAUCUCACUCUCCACAGUUUUGACACUUUUGUCUCAAUUCCCUCGAAAACCCUCUCCAUUUUUCACACACACUGUAUAAAAAUCCCCAACCCCAGAUCCACUCCACUUCUUCUUCUUCUCCUCCAAUUUGAGGUGGGUAGCGAUGAGCAAGCCUCAGACACAGAGACCGAAACCGCCACCGUCGGGGCGGACCAACCUUGCGUCGUGCAUAGUGGCCACCAUCUUCCUAAUCUUCAUGGUCAUCGUCUCCCUCAUCGUCUACUUCACCGUCUUCAAACCCAAAGACCUCAAAAUCUCCGUCAGCUCCGUCCAGCUCCCCUCCUUCUCCAUCCUCAACUCCACCGUCAACUUCACCUUCUCCCAAUACGUCGCCGUCCGCAACCCCAACCGCGCCGCCUUCCGCCACUACGACAGCACCCUCCAGCUCCUCUACUCCGGCAACCAAGUCGGCUUCAUGUUCAUCCCCGCCGGCAAAAUCGAGCCCGGUCAGACCCAGUACAUGGCCGCCACUUUCGCCGUCAACUCCUUCCCCGUUUCGGAUCCCAAUCUCUCCGGGGGGGCGGUCCAGGGCCCGAUGGGCUCCCCCCAGUUCGGCGACGGGCUCAGCGGGUUUCGCGGCGGAGGAGGCGGAGGGCCCACGAUGGAGAUAGAGUCGAGGCUGCAGAUGGCGGGUCGGGUUCGGGUCAUGCACUUUUUCACCCACCACGCGGAGGCGAAUUCCGGGUGUAGAGUCGCCAUUGCUUGUGCUGAGAUUAAAAGGACGUGAUUGAUUGAUCAUAAAUUACGUGGGGUAAAUGGUAAAUGGUAAAUGGUGGGGACAAGACACAAGAGUGUUGAAUUGAGUGGAGACUGGGGACAAAGUGCAGACACGGCUUUGGGAUUCGAGUCGGCCUUUUUGACUCGUUGUGUGUUUUUAUUCACUCUCUGCUUACGGGCCUCACAGUUAAUUUUGUCAAGGUAGCACUGUAAUUCUUUUUCUUAAUACUAAUUAUCCUUUUUUUUUUUUUUUAA